UCAUGUCCUGUCGGGAUGGCUGAAGCUUCUUACUGGGACUGAACUGGUUUGCAGGGGCGCGCAGCUGGAGGCUCCUCCAGCCAAACACCGACUCCUCACACCGCGCACUGACCGACGGAGGGACGAUGGAGGCGGCGCCGAGGUAAUCUGCGUCCCCGCUGAACGUUCAGUUCGUCUCUGUGGAUCUCCUCUCUCUGCACACUGAGGCCUUUCUGAUCUGAGCACACCCACCGCAGCCAUGACCCCUCCCACCUCCGGACGACCCUCGCAGACGCUCGUGCCAUUCGUCUACGCCGUCUUUGCGCUCACAGCGACGACACUGCUUCCUGUGUCAGCAGUGGAACCGGAGACGUGUUUCUCCAGGCAGCAUCAGAGCGCCAUAGUCAACAUCAGGCUGGCCCUAAACAGGGCACCGACAGCCAUGGACGCCCGGGUGGUCCGCUCGGAGCGGGACUGUGUCCUCGCCUGCUGCUCCGAGGAAGUCAAACCAGGCGCCAAAUGCAACAUGGUGGUUUUCAACGGCAACAAGCACGCCGGCGAUGAUAACUGCUUCCUGUUCCACUGCCCGACGGAGCAGGACUGCCCUUUAACGAAGGCGCAGGAUGGCAUCAACACCUACGACAUCUACAAAGGUUUACUCCAUCCAACCACUGUGAGACCUGCCACCACUACAACCACCACAGUACAAACCACUACAACCACCACCACCACCACACCGGCACCAGCUACGUCAACAACCACACAACCAGCCACACCACAAACUACAACAACAACAACAACAACAACGCCACCAACCACUACCACAAUAACAACCACCACAACAGCACAACCGACCACCACUACAACCACCACUACCUUACCACCAACCACAACUUCAAGUCCUAUCACCACCACCACACCUCCACCCAUCAUCAUAAUCGCCACAAUGCCAGCUGUGACCUCAUCACCCACCACUGCUAAAACACCACCACCUUCCACCACCUCCACGAAAAAGCCCAACAAAACCACCAGAAAGCAAAAUAAAACCUCCAGGAAAGGAAAACCUCAUCCUAUCACCACCACCACCACUCAGCCAACUCAGAGCUCCACCACCACCACCUCACUUCCUGUUGUAACAGUGAACAAAGAGGCCAAAUACAGAACUACUGACAAACUUCAGCCAAACACUGAAACCACCACAACCACAACCACGACAACUACAACACUUCCAACCACCACACCUCCAACCACCACCGUCAUACCUCCAACUACCACAACAACUACCACCACAACAACCACAACCACACCUCCAACCACCACCACCACUACUACUCCUUCAACUACCACCACCAUCACGACUCCUCCUUCUACCACCACCACAACAACUACAACCACCACCACUGAGGCAUCCACCACAAGGACGACACCUGCAGGGACUCUUUUAAUUGUCCCCAAAGGCGCCGUCCAGUCUGACCACGUCCUCCAGAACUCAAAUGCUGCCAGGGGGAAGGAGAUAGGCGCGAGUGGAGCGAUGAAAAGUGGCAUGGUGGCAUUCGUGGUGCUGGGGCUCGCCGUGAUCACGAUGGCCCUCGCCAUUGGAGGCCGCAAGGCAAUGGAGUCCUUCGACAGACGCCACUACACAAGACUGGAGCUCAACGACCUGCACUACGAGGUGUGA